GUGUGUAGCCAGAGCAGCAAUCUCUUACUCAGAAUCGAUGAAGGGCCGCUCGCUUGCGCUUCGGCUUCUACAGCGCCGACUAAGGCAUGCCAGUUCACAUUUUGAGGAAGAUCAACUUCCGGAUUACUAUGACUGGAUAGAAUGCAUUCGGGCAAGAAAAUCUCUCGACAUCUGUUCUCACUUGUGGUUCAAUAACACUGAUGAUAAUUUCAAUUUUCAAAAUGAUAACCUGAGUAGCAGAAACAUAUCAUCAUCAUCCCCAGCAUCAUCAAUUGAUGAGGAAGCUCAAAGAAAACUGUACAGGGCAGUCGUACCAGUAAUGCUUACAGCUUGCGUACUGUCCCUCCUCUUCAAUCUGAUGAUACUGUUUAGCUUAAAGUGGAUCAGAAAAACUUUGUCUCCAACAUUAUUGCUCAGUUUGUCCCUUGCUGUUGCUGAUGCGUAUGCUUCACUUGUGAUUGGGGUUGGCUUAGUCUUAAACAGCUUGCUUCCCAUUGUUUACGGAGUGGAUCUUGGACCAUUCCAUGCCUGUUAUCUUCUAGUUUUGGAAGCUUUCAGACUUGGAGGAAUGGUAGUUGCGGUUUUGCAUCUGCUAGCAUUAGCAAUUAACCAUUAUAUUGGUAUUCUAAGACCACUUCACUAUGCUGCGAUUGUAACGAGAGGAACUGUUUUAUGGGCCAUUACAUCAAUGUGGGUUGUGCCCGUGGUAUUUUUCUUAUCUUACUUUUCUCUGGUACCAGAUGACGGAUUUCAGUCUCCAUACUGUAGCAGCUACCAGUUCUUGUUGCAUGUUCCAUUUAGAGGAACUGUCUCUAUACUCUUCUUUGUACCAUUAUUGUUUAUGUCUGUUAUGUACCUUCACAUGUUUAUUGUUGUCAAACGGCAUCAACGGGGAGUACUUCAACUUCCGACAGGAAGGCAGCUACAUAAGAGUGUCAAAGCAAUUAUUACAACUCUACUUAUUCUCGGUACAUAUGUCGUGGGAUGGAUGCCAGCUGUAUUGUUUUUUGUACUGACUUGUCUCGACUGCCCUGUACCUUAUACGCAGAUACAGUUAUGGGUCAGAGUGCCCGUGAGUAUUUUUAUCAAUUCGAUGAUCGUAAUAAAGUCAUUUCUUGAUCCCAUUAUCUAUGUCGUGAGAAUGCCGGAAAUAAAAGGUGCCAUGAAUGCAGUGUACCGGACACGGUGUGGUUGCAUUGAAGAUGAGAGAGUUGAUCACAGAAUUCAUUUUAAGUCGGAAAUGCACCGUCUCACAUUUAUGGAGGGUUCUCGUAGAAAUGAAGUGGGUUUGAAAUCAAGUAUUUGUAAUGGACAAGUGCAAUCAUCGACAUACUAAGAAAGAUAUUCAUUUUC